AUCUUAUUUGGCGGGAAGUAGCGAAAACCAGGAGCGGACGGCGCAACGGGUGGUAUCCGGCGGGCAGAGCAAAAGCCAGGAUGUUGGAGGCUGGCUUUGUCAAAAUGUUGUUGGGAACAAGGAAUAUUCCGGCGAAGUAUGGUAGAGCGACGGCGUUCUGUCUAGACUAGAGUCUAGACUAGAAUGGGUACGUGCCCGUUCUCUAGGCUGAUAAUCUCUAGGUGGGACCCGUAAUACGAUAUUCUACGCGGAGAUUGUACCAUUAACUAAAAACUCAAUUGAUCUAAUGGAGUAAAGGGUGUCGAAGCCACUACUGCGAUUCAAUCUAGAUCGUCGUAUUCGAAUCUUCACCUGCCUAGAUCAAAUCAAAACGGGUAGAAACAAGAAACUGAAAGAUUAUAUGCAUUAUACCAUACUAAAUCAAGAUUCCCGAGUAAUUUACAUAAAAUGCAAGGGCAAUUUGGUAAGAGCAGACUCGUCACUCCUCAACGUUUAAACGUUGCCGUCAUCUCUCCACUGUUCCAGGCGGCAGCAGCAGCAGCAGCAGGAGAUAGCUAGCGGCUAGCGGGAGCAGAGAGAGGAUUUCUUUCACACAGUCAGAAGCCAGUUUUCUCUGCCAUUGGGAAGAAUUUUGGAUUUCUCUAACCCUAAUUAUUCCGAAAAGAAAAAAGAGUUAUAGGUUUUGAAAUCAAAUAGCUGAACCCUAGAUUUGGAUGAUGGUGGGAACGCUUGCGGGCUUGCAAGAUCAUCUCAAAUUGGCCAAGGAAUAUGCCCUUGAAGGCCUCUAUGAUACGUCCAUUAUCUUCUUCGACGGUGCCAUUGCUCAGAUCAACAAGCACCUGAGCACACUUGAUGAUCCUUUGCUAAGAGCAAAAUGGAUGAACGUAAAGAAGAAUCUUUCCGAAGAAAUAGAUAUUGUAAAACAGUUGGAUGCAGAGAGAAGGGCCUUCAAGGAGGUUCCUGGGACCGCACGCUCUUCAUCGCCUCCUAUACAGGCUAAAUCAUCGUUUGUCUUCCAACCACUAGAUGAGUACCCUACUUCUUCAGGUGCUCCAAUGGAUGAUCCAGAUGUUUGGAGGCCGCCAAGCCGAGACCCAGGAAGCAGAAGGCCUACGAGGUCUGGUCAAGUGGGCACAAGGAAGUCAUCACAAGAUGCAACUUGGGCUCGUGGUUCAACAAGGGCAGGAACUACUGGUCGUGGAGCAAAGACUAAUGCUUCAAGUAAAUCUGGAGUCCGUUCAUCCACUGCUUCUGGACUUCCUGGGAAGAAGGGGAACUCUUCAGGCAAAUCUAACUCUGGCAAGGCAGAUUCGGUGAAUGGUGAUGCUGAAGAAGGAAAGCCAAAAAGGGGGCAGUAUGAGGGGCCUGAUCCUGACUUAGCUGCAAUGCUUGAAAGAGAUGUUUUAGAUAGCACCCCUGGAGUGAGAUGGGAUGAUGUUGCGGGAUUGAGUGAAGCCAAAAGACUUUUGGAGGAAGCUGUUGUCCUUCCCCUGUGGAUGCCCGAAUACUUCCAGGGUAUUAGGAGACCUUGGAAGGGCAUUCUUAUGUUUGGCCCACCUGGUACUGGAAAGACACUUUUGGCAAAGGCAGUUGCUACUGAGUGUGGAACAACAUUUUUCAAUGUCUCUUCUGCUACUUUAGCUUCUAAAUGGCGUGGUGAGAGUGAACGCAUGGUACGAUGUUUGUUUGAUCUUGCAAGGGCUUAUGCACCAAGUACAAUUUUCAUUGACGAGAUUGAUUCUCUUUGUAAUGCCAGAGGGGCCUCAGGAGAGCAUGAAUCAUCUAGAAGAGUCAAGUCUGAACUUCUAGUACAGGUGGAUGGUGUUAAUAACAGCUCCACUUCUGAAGAUGGUAGUCGCAAAAUAGUUAUGGUCUUGGCCGCUACCAACUUUCCUUGGGACAUAGAUGAGGCACUUAGGAGAAGGCUGGAAAAGCGAAUAUAUAUUCCUCUUCCAAAUUUUGAGAGCCGUAAGGAACUUAUACGGAUUAACCUAAGAGGUGUUGAGGUGGCUCCGGAUGUAAAUAUUGAUGAAGUGGCCCGUCGAACAGAGGGGUACAGUGGAGAUGAUCUCACCAAUGUUUGCCGGGAUGCUUCCUUAAAUGGCAUGAGGCGCAAGAUUGCAGGUAAGACACGAGAUGAGAUCAAGAACAUGUCCAAGGAAGAAAUCUCAAAGGACCCAGUUGCUAUGUGUGACUUUGAAGAAGCUAUAACCAAAGUCCAACCCAGUGUAUCUGCAGCUGACAUUGAAAAACAUGAGAAGUGGUUUUCUGAAUUUGGAUCAGCAUAAAACCAGUAAAUGUCGAUCUUGGUUGAUUGCUCCUUCCUCUUGAUUCUUCCAGUAUCUUUGGUGUUGGUACUCUGAUUUUUUCAUUGAAAAGAUAUAAAUGUGUUGUUCUAUUGUAUCUCUAAACUACUCAUGUAUUGGUCUCCCGGAAAGAGAAAGAGGGGAAAUGGAGAAAAUUUUGAUGUAAUUAAUCGUGUUCUAAACUUUAUUAAUUGAUAUUGAUUUACUGGUAAUGGGAUUCAUUUCA